CCUACGUUGAAUGAGUCGAUGAUUCAGGUCUGGCAAAAUUCAGUCUCCCGUCAGUGGACAGAGCAGGAAGAUGCAUUUAUGCCAAUGUGCACGCACCGGUGGAAAUUUGUGUUACGCCAAGGCCUCAUAGUUCAAACAGGAACCCACAGAGAACAUGGCCAUCAUUCAACUCUGCUAUCAUCACUACCAUCACCAUUGGGGUCCUCCAUCAUGCAGGAACCCUGUACAAUGUCUCUCUGAAAUCCGCGGCCGACUCGCUCUUGUCACUGGUGCAUCAGGAGGAAUCGGCGCCGCGUGUACUGAGCAGCUGGCACAACAUGGAGUCCACCUCGCUCUGUCCUACUCGACCAACCAGACCGCGAAUAACGAGCUCCAGCUUCGCAUAUCUACUCACCAAGUUGAGGUUGCAUGUCCAGAUCAGAUUGAAGCGAUGUUCGAGCAGAUCGAUGCUUACCACGGCCACGGACCGGACAUUCUGAUCUCGAAUGCCGGAUACGGGAAACGCAUUACUCAAGUUUGGGAUAUUGGUCUGGAGGAAUUUCACAAGAUGAUGAAUAUCAACCUUCAUGCUUCGUUCAUACUUGUAAAAGGUGUUGUCGAGCAAAUGAAGAGCGAGCGAUGGGGUCGCAUCGUGUUCAUGUCAUCAAUUGCUGCAUACGGGGGAGGGAUCAAUGGAUGUCGUGGGUAUGCUCGUUUUCUUAUUCUGGCCACUGCGCGGACUUCCAAGGCCGGAUUGACUGGGAUGAUGAAGAACGUAGCUACGCGACUGGCCAAGUAUAAUAUCAGCGUCAAUGAUGUUGCUCCUGCAAUGAUUGGGGAUACGGGGAUGAUGGCCAAUGCUGCAGCUGUUCCGGAGGUAGUAGCGGGUAUUCCUUUGGGUCGGCUAGGGACGCCGGAAGAGACAGCAAAUGUCGUGAGUAUGUUGGUGAGGACAGGAUACAUGACGGGCCAGAGUUUACUGCUUGCUGGAGGGUUAAAAUAA